AUGAAUUACUUUUUUUGCUUCAUUAUUUUCCUGGUACCAUUAGUUUUUUCAUAUCCUCGCUCUGGAUCAAAUGAUGACAAUCAUUUGUUUGGAACGUAUUUAAAAGGACGAUUAGAAGAAUCCGAUGAAGAUAUUAAUGAAAACUCAAAUGAAGAAAGAUUAGUUCGCCGACAAAACCUGCUUUCGCUUUUUCCUGUACAACACUAUCAAUCACAAUACCAACCAACAUGUCUUCCACAUAUAUGGACGUGUGGGCCAGGCUUACCACAGUGUUGUCCAGGUUUAAUGUGUUUUGAUGGCAAUGCUAAACGUGGUCGAUAUUGUGCUGCUCGUGGCUAG